AUGAGUACCGACGGUACCGUUCGUCCGCCUCAUGGUGGGAGAGUGGCCGAUGCGCCAGAGGAGAUUAAGCAUCAGGCCGAGUUGAAGCCUUCGCAUGCGUUCUUGUUUCCACUUGGUUAUAAAGAUGCUUGGACGAGUUUGGCACCUCAAGCCGUUGAGCGCAAUCUGUUGAACCUCAUGCCGCACCUUAAAGAGGCGAACGACAGUAUUACAAACAUCGAUACUCCCGAACGACCUGACCCUUACGGUACACGAGUAUGGCGACGAACAAUGGUCCAUCUUUCCGGAAAGAACCGAGCCUUGAACGAAGUCACCGUCGAGCGAGUCGGAGAAAAGGAGGAGGAUGCUCUCGUCAUGAUCCACGGAUACGGCGCUGGUCUCGGUUUCUUCUACAAGAACUUUGAGCCUAUUUCUCGCAUGAAGGGACUCAAGCUCUAUGCGCUAGACAUGCUGGGCUGCGGAAACUCGUCACGACCGGCUUUCAAGAUCCACGCGAAGAAGAAGGAGGACCAAGUGCUAGAAGCGGAGGGUUGGUUCGUCGAUGCGCUAGAAGAAUGGCGAAAGGCCAGAAAGCUCGAACAGUUCACCCUCCUCGGUCAUUCUCUUGGUGGUUAUCUCGCAGUUUCAUACGCCAUCAAAUAUCCCGGCCGACUUAAAAAGCUCAUCCUCGCCUCUCCAGUCGGUAUCCCGUCUGAUCCCUACGCUGUCAACGCCUCUAUGCCCGAACCGAACACAUCAACGAUCCAAAACGAAAUCACCCAGGACCAACAAAGCACGACUGAGCAAAACGGUACUCUCAAGAAACACAAACCUGCUUCAAACGUCCUACGACGACCUUUGCCGGGCUGGUUCGUCUGGCUCUGGGAUCAGAACAUUUCUCCCUUCAGCAUCGUCCGAAUGAGCGGUCCUCUCGGCCCACGAUUCGUCUCAGGCUGGAGUUUCCGUCGCUUCAACCAUCUGCCACAAGCUGAAUCACAAGCUCUCCACGAUUACUCUUUCUCAAUCUUCAAGCAAAAGGGUAGUGGUGAAUAUGCUCUAGCCUACAUCCUCGCACCUGGCGCAUACGCUCGUCGUCCCGUUAUCGACCGCAUCCAAGAAGUCGGCCGUCAAACCAUCACCAAACCCGACGGAACUACAGUCAAAGAAACCGGUAUACCAGUAGUCUUCAUGUACGGAGAAAACGACUGGAUGGACGUCGCAGGCGGUCUAGCUUCAGAAGAGAAACUCAAAGAAACGAGACAAAAAGUCCUCGAAAACGCUACAGAAGAUGAAAAGAAGCGAGAAAACGGCAGCGCAAAGGUUCUCCUCGUUCCCAAGGCCGGUCACCAUCUCUACCUCGACAACCCCGAAGUCUUCAACGACAUGAUCCGCAAAGAACUCGAAGACACACGGAAAUCCGAGCAAAGAAAGCAAUAG